AUAUGAUUUAUAUCAUAACAAAAUUCGAACUUUGGCUGGUUAUGCACCUGUAAAUGGAAUGUGUACCGAGAAAAAGAGUUGUACGAUAAGUGAAGGCCUUGAUUUUAGCGCUGUUUUUAUUACUGCACAUGAAAUAGGCCAUAACUUUGGUAUGAAACAUGACAGUGAAAAUGGCUGUGAUGAAUCGUGUUGCAUUAUGUCCAGUUCGAUUGGCACUGGACGUACACUAUGGUCAUCUUGUAGUGCCCGAGAGUUAAACCAUUUCAUCACUGAAUUGGAUAAAAAUGGCAUAGGCGAAAAUUGUUUGCGAACGAGCAACAUCAGAUAUAAACGAAUGCCUAAAAUUCUAUCCGGUCAAAUGUAUACGUUGGAUGAGCAAUGCGUUUUAUUUCACGGAACAUGUUGGAAACAUGAAAUUAGGCAUGGAGAACAUAUCAAUGAUGUUUGUAAAAUGAUUUGGUGUAGUAAUGGUGAAGGUGUCAUACGCAGUACUCAUCCAGCACUCGAAUAUUCCUACUGUGGAUAUCGUAUGUGGUGUAUUGAAGGUCAAUGUAAACCGGCAAUACCGGAAAUUGCUAUUCCACGUCAUGGUGGUUGGAGUGAUUGGAUGGUAAGCGGACGUGGUAGCUGCGUAACGGAAUGUGUUCCGUGUCAGAUAAACGGACAGCUUAGAGUUCGGCGUUCAAUAAGAACUUGUGAUAAUCCAUACCCAAAUAAUGGUGGUUCAUAUUGUAUUGGUGACGAUACACGUGGAAUUCGUUGUCAGGAAAAUGUAAGCUUGUUGUAUUAA